AUGGUAGAGUGCAUACCACCACCUUCCACACUCACUCAAGGUUCACUUCCAUCUCCUACACCCCUCAAGGGUCACCACCUCCAUCUCCCCUUAAGGCCCACCACCUCUUCCUUCCACACCCCUCAAGGCUCACCACCUCUUCCUUCCACACCCCUCAAGGCUCACCACCUCUUCCUUCCACACCCCUCAAGGCUCACCACCUCUUCCUUCCACACCCCUCAAGGCCCACCACCUCUUCCACACCCCUCAAGGCUCACCACCUCUUCCUUCCACACCCCUCAAGGCCCACCACCUCUUCCACACCCCUCAAGGCCCACCACCUCUUCCACACCCCUCAAGGCUCACCCACCUCCCCUCAAGGCCCACCACCUCUUCCACACCCCUCAAGGUCCACCACCUCUUCCACACCCCUCAAGGUCCACCACCUCUUCCUUCCACACCCCUCAAGGCUCACUACCUCUUCCACCCCUCAAGGCUCACUACCUCUUCCUUCCACACCCCUCAAGGUCCACCACCUCCACCUCCUACACCUCUCAAGGUUCACCACCUCCACCUCCCACACCCCUCAAGGACCACCAUCUCCUACGCCCCUCAAGGACCACCAUCUCCUACACCCCUCAAGGACCACCAUCUCCUACACCCCUCAAGGCUCACCACCUCUUCCUUCCACACCCCUCAAGGUCCACCACCUCCAUCUCCUACACCCCUCAAGAACCACCAAACCCCACACCCCCAAGGACCACCAAACCCCACACCCCCAAGGACCACCAAGGACCAUCUCACCCUCAAGGGCCACCUACCACACCAUCAUCACCCUUACCAUAA